CUCAAUGCCUUCAUUUGCUGUCGAACAGCGGCCGUGGCAAGUACAGCAAAAAUUAGUUAGCGCUCGCGCGCUUACGAGCAGCAUUCGAACACGUUGCCCUACACACACACACAGCUGGCGCCCUCUCCGCUCGUCGCGUAAUCGUAACCGUAACCGUAACGUAAGCGCAUUACAAAACAACGUCAACGCGUCGUUAUUUUGUCAACGUAACCAGCAGUGCUUUUGUCGUUAUUAUAUGCGACUGUGUGUGCGUGUACGUGUGUUUACAUAUAUAUGUGUGUCUAUGCUCAAUUCGCUAAGCAUAAAUUUUAAAAUCAGUUAAUCCCAAGCAACAAGAAAAGGAAGAGGAAGAGAAAAAACAAAACGUAUUUGUUUGCUCCGCGCGUUAUGUGUAAAACCCGUCUGUGGGUUACGUAAAGCCGAGUUGUUGGGUUCUUACAAAACAAAAAGGCAAAGAAAAAACGCAAAGGCAGAAGUUACGCGCACGCCUCGACUAAAGACACAACAAAAUCAUUAGUAAAAAAAAAAGGAAAAAUAUAGAAAAAUUAUAAAAAGAAAUUAAGAAAUUGAGCUAAGAAUUUUUUGCACUGUUUUGUUGUUGUCUCGCGUGUGGCAAUAAAUUUUGACACAAAAGAAUUUAUUGUGUGUGCGUACGUGCGUGUGAGUGUCUGUGCGUGUGUGUGUCUGCUCAGACAGGAGGCGCGGUCGUGCAGUACAAGUAAAAACGAGAAGAAGAAGAAGCAACCGCAGUAGCAGCAGCCGCCGCAACAGCAGAAUCAGCAGUUGUCAGUGCGACAGAUGCUCAAUCGAGCGCGUCGUCGCUUCCGCUGACCCAACACCAACACCAACACCAACAGCAGCAGCAGCAGUGGCAGCCGCAGCAACAAAUCAGCAACUCCAGUGACUGCCAAACUGCGAAGGGCAACGCACGCGUCUUCGCUCUCAAACAAAAAAUAAAAAUAAAUAUAACUAAAAUUAUAAAUUAUUAUAUAUGUACAUGGCAUAUAUAAAUAUAUACAACAAAAAUCUAAAUUAAUUGAGUGAUAUUUUUGGAGCUGAUAUGUAGAGCUCAAAAGUCGUUGCCAUCGACCAGCAGCCAAUGUGAAGUGCAUGAAAAAGAAAGAAAAUAUAAACGCAUAUUUAAUUUUAAAAUAAAACUGUGCAAAAACAAAAGAGAAAAGGAAAUAUAACAAAAAUAAGUCAAAACUGUUGAAAAGCAGCGCCAAAUACUGCGACGUCGCGUUGACGUCGACGUCGUUGAAUACGUGACAACGCUCACCUACGAGCAGCAGUGCAGCAGCAGCAACAACAACAACAAUAGCAGCAGCAACAGCUGUCAGGAUGCCGCUCUCACAGGGCUACUGCAUGAAGCCCUCGUUGUCCAACAAACGCGCGCUGAAAGCAAUGCGCAAGGAGAAUCAACAGCAGCAGCUGCAGCAGCAGCAACAACAACAGCUGCAGCAGCAGCAACAUCAGCCUUUAUCCAGCUCUAUGCAGGCGCUGCUGCACAACAACAGCAACAAUAAUAACAACAACAGAAAUGUCAAGUCGAGCUCACUGGAGCUCUCCUAUUUGAUUGGCGAGUCCUUUGCGCAAUCGGGCAAUCUGCCACAGGCUUUGAAUGUCUACGAACUGAUAGCCAGUGGACAGCAGGACGGCCAUGUGCCGUUGGACAAGCUGUCCUCGUUGGCCAGCGCCUUGACGGCGCACAUCAGGCAGCUGGGCAGCUCGGCCACGCGUGAGUCGCGGCUGAAGGCUCAGUAUCAGGAGCUGCUGCAGUGGACGGCGCUGGGUCUGGGCCUGGACCUGGAGGCGGAACAGGAUCUGCUGGACACGCGGGAAUUGCGUGUGCCCAGUCCGGUCUUGGGUGAGGAUUACGAUCCACUGCUCUGUCCGCUCUGCUCGGAUCUGCUGCGCAGUCCGGUGACCACGAACUGCGGCCACACGUUUUGUGGCCAGUGCUGCGAGACGAUCACCCAGUGCAACAUUUGCCACAUAAAGUUUCCGCGCAGCGCCGAGCGCAUGCCGCAGGGCGUGGCACUCACCAGCACCACCAGCACCAGCGCCACUGCGAGUGGCGGCGCCAUCAGCAGCAUCAGCUCAACUCACUCGCCCAGCUCUUCGCUGCGUUUCAUGACGGGUUUGCCUCCUGCUCCAAGUGGAGGUAGCUUUCAGCAUGGCCUCGGAUUGCGUCUGUCGAUGGCGGCACCCACCACAGUGACCACCACCACGGUGGCGUCCACCACAGCCACAGCCACCACAACAAUGGCCUCGAGCAGCUCGGCCUCGGCGCUGGUCGCCGGCAUGGGCGGCGGCUAUGCGCUGGGCGUGACCACGGCCAUGAAGUUCAUGCCGGAUGUCCUCAUCAGGCACCUGGUGGAGAAGUGGUGGGGACCCGAGCUGCAGGCCAAGAAGAUCAUCGAGAAGGCGACCAGCUGCAUGCAUCUCAACCGACUCGACGAUGCCCUCAAGUUCUGCAAUGCCAGCCUAGAGAAAGUGCCGAGCAACUUUAAGAGUCUCUGCUUGCGCGCUGAGGUCCUAUUGAAGCUGAGCCACUAUCAGAGCUCCCUGGCGGACAUUGAGAAUGCGCUCAGAACGCGCUGCACUUCAGCCAAGGCUCACUAUCUGCGUGCCUUGGCCCUGAGCGGCUUGGGCCGCUUGGAGGAGGCGUUGCUCAAUGGCUUCUUGGCCAUUUGCCUGGACAAAAACACAAAUCUCAGCAAUUCGGAAAUCUUUCAACAUGAUCUCGCCAAGAUUCUGCAACGUCUUUUGGCUCAAACGCCCAAGAGUCGUGAUCCUCUGCCGUCGCUGGCUGCGCAGCAGCAACAGCGCAGCAAAGCACCGUACACUCUGCUCUGGGAACAGCUGCGUCGCCGCAGGAAACAGCAUCAUCACCAUGUGCACCUGGACGAUGUGGAGGACGACUUCAGCCUGAGCUGCGAGCAGCAGCACUACGACAACUACAUCAUGGACGACGAGGAGGAGGUGGUGGAGGCAGCGGCCAUGGACGGCGACUUUCUGUUUCCCAGCGCGCUCGACUACAUCGAUCCGCGCCAGGUGUACGAUCAGCUGCACAGCGCCAAGCAGUUCGAGCUGCAGGCGCGUCGUCGUGCCAGUCGCAAGCAUUGCCGCAGAAAAUGGGCAGCGGCGCAGGCAGCGCAGUUGACGCCAGCCGCGACGGUCGAGACGGGACGCUGCAGUCGUUUGGUCAGCGACGUCCUGGAACGCACGCAGCAGGAGCUGCAGCGACUGAGAAAAUUGGAUAGCUCGGAGCAGCGACAGGUGUCGGUGGGCAGUCAGCUGAUUGAUGCCAGCGAUUUCGACUGCGUGCUCUGCUGUCGCACGCUGUGGAAGCCGGUGGUGACGCCGUGUGGACACACCUACUGUCUGGUAUGCUUGGAUCGUUGCAUGGAUUACAACUCCUCGUGUCCAUUGUGCAUGUCACCACUUGUGGAACUAAAUGUCAAUAAUCUGUAUCAGGGCUCAUCCUCGCCAGUACCCUUUGCGCUGGCCAAGCGGCCAGUUACGAAAUUCCUAGAAGCCGCAAUGAAACGAUUCAUUCCAGACCACUACGAAACCAGAUUUCGACAGGAGAUCGACCAGGAGCCGUCGGUGCCCGUAUUCAUAUGCACCGCCGCCUUCCCAUCGGUGCCCUGUCCGCUGUUCGUCUGCGAUCCGCGCUAUCGCUUGAUGGUGCGACGGGCCCUCGAGUCCGGCGACAAGACGUUCGGCAUCGUCCAGCCGCACAACGGCAAGUCGCGCUACUAUGACGUGGGCACCAUUCUGGAUAUCAGGGACUGUGUGCUGCUGGGCGACGGCUGCUCCAUACUGAGCACCAUUGGCUGCAAGCGCUUCAAGAUCUUGGCGCGCAGCGAAAAGGAUGGCUAUGAGACGGCCAAGGUGGAGUACAUCUACGACGAGCCGAUUGCCAUCGAUCAGGUGCAGUCGCUGGCCACGCUCCAGUCCCUGGUGCUGGCCAAGGCCAUUGUCUGGUUCGAGAGUCUGAGCAGCGAGCAGAAGCACGAGAUCUUCCAGAGCUAUGGCCAAAUGCCGCCGCUCGAGCACAGCUGGGAGCUGAUCACUGACGGACCCGCCUGGGCCUGGUGGAUCAUCGCGCUGCUGCCGCUCUCCCAGCAGCUGAAGGUGGACAUCUUGGCCACGACGUCGCUGAUGAAACGUCUGCGUGCCAUAGACAAGACGCUCGACUGGCUGCGCGAGCUCAGGCAGCGGCAGCCGCAACAGCAGCAGCAGACGCCGCAGUCGCAGUCGCAGCUGCAGCCGCACGAUGAUCUCAGCCUGGACUGCGAGGAGCAGGUGGCCGUCGAUGAGGGGGCAGCCAACGGCGACGAGUGCUGCCUGUACGCCGAGCCACACACAGACGAGGAGCUGCUCGUGUAGUGCAGCAGCCUCUCUAAUCAUAGAUCUAGCUUUAGUUAUAUAUAGAUGGUAUAUGUAUGUGAAUAGCGCUAGGUUGUAGCCGUAGUCGGGUGUCUAAAGCGUUUCUCAAUGUGUAAAAGCAAAUUCUGUGUCUAAAAGCCAUUCGUAUUACACUUUAACUGUUAUCCUAGGGGCCAAAACGAAAAGGUAUAUAUAGAUCUAUAUAUAUAUUUAACUUAGCAGAACCAAAUUAUCAGUAGCAACUGUAACUGUAACUGUUAGCUAUUAGCUGUUAGCUGUUAACUUUAACUAUAACUGUAACUGUUAACUAGCAAUGUUAAGCAACUGUAGCUAUAAAUACUGUAAACUAAAUGUGUGUAAACGUUGAACUCGAUGUGUGUAGCAAAUGAGAGAGAUUUACAAUAUAUAUAUAUAUAGUACUAUAUAACUAUCCAUAUAUCUGUAUAUACAUAUAUGAGUAUAUAUAUACUACACAUACAAUCAAAAGUCGCGCCCCUAACAAUCUAGAGAGCCACCCCAUAUGUAACUUGUUGAAACCGUUGUAAAACAAAAAAAAAACAAACAAAAACACAUUCCAAAAUCAAGUAAAACUGUAAACUAAAUUGAAUUCUCUGCAGCAAAAAAGUAACUUUAACAACAACAACAAGAAGAACAACAACAACUCAUGGUUUCUACAACACAAAUUUUUAAAGAGAAAUACCAAAACUAUGUAAAGGCCAAGAAAACUUUUUUGAAAUGAAUGAAGUGGAGAAAAAAAAAAGCAGAGAAAACUCCUUGAGAGUUUUUUUUUUUUUUUUCCUUAAAUUCUGUUUCUUUUUCUUAGACUAAGCGGCUGGAACUAUAAGACAAUCUGCAAACCUAUUUUUUCUUUGUUAUAUACUCUAUAUAUAUAU